CUUUGCUCUCUGUCUCUUCAUCCAGUGGCACCGUUUGAGGACCGAUCUCUAGAAAUUUAUAGGGAGACAUCUCAGUCACAGGAGGAACUGCCGGUUCGCGAACCUUCAACUUCUAUGAAAUUGCCUUUAGGUGAUGCAGUUUUUGCAUCCCCGGUGCCCAGGAGGAUAAUUUUCACGGACACCGUAGGAGAGGAAGGUUUAACAUGGAUUCUUAAGAAAACUGGUGUUUUGGUAAACUUUCUUCCGGAUGCAGUACCAGACCCGAGGCUAGUCACGUGCUAUUUAUGGAGAACAGAUGGUGUUUCGUACCCUCUUAAAGAAUAUGAAUCGCUUGUGAGCAACGUAAUAGAGCUUUCAUGUCAUCAUGUACUUGGUAUAUCGUUUAACUGCGUAUCAGUAGCUUUGUCACAUAGUGCAGUUAAGCUGAAAGGAAUGGAGUUGGUGAUGAAGGAAUUGACCGAUCCAGUAAAGAACGUUUGGAAGGAUCUAGAAAGUGAAGAGUUUCAACCACAAGAUCUCCUUGAUGAACAUUCUGGAUGGCAAGGCACUUCACCGUUAGUACAGGCCAAAAUAACAAGCUUUUCUCGUUAUGCCGUGAUUUGCCGUCUUAAGUCCUUUCUAUUUCGAAAAGGGACUUCCAAGAAAUGCCAUCAAUUUGCAUGCAACGUGCCAGACUUCCCAGGCGUUAGUGUAUCAAUUCCGGAGACUUCCCUGCCUUCAGAGCCAGACUUUAUGUUUACAAUGAAGGUGGAGGAAGUUUCAAUCGGUAAUUUCGAGGAAAAUGGCAUUCUUGUUGGUCCAAUCCUACAUCUGUUAUGUAAUUCGUUAGACGAAGUCAAAGGACGUGUCUCUGUAAGUAUACCCCUUGUCCCACAACAAAAGCAAGUUGACUGGACAGAAAUACCCACCGGUCGUGUGAGAGUAUUUUCACGAGGUGGAGAAGACAAGUUAUGGGAGUGGAUGGAUAUCAUAAACGAAUUGGCAGAGCCGCCAAGAUUAAACAAUGGAAUUGUGACCUUUCAAUUGAACGGAAUCAAGAAAUAUCAAAUCAAUCAGAAUUUACAGUAAGUAUUGACGUCAAAUUACUUUUUCAUAACACGUGUCGAUUAAUCUGUAAGUUCAGUGAAACAUUUCUAGAG